CAAAGGGCGGGCAGCAGAGCCCAGCUCGCAGCCCGCGUCCCCGCAGCGGCAGCACCGCACACCGGCGCGCAGAGCCAGGAGCGGGAGGAGCGGGCGGCGGCGGCGGCGGAGGAGGCGGAGGAGGAGGAGGAGGGGAGGGACCUUCCCCUCCCUCCCACCCCGACACCGGGGGGAAAUAAAUUAUUCCCAGCCCUCGCACUCCCAGCUCCGUGCCCAGCACCCCGGCAGCGGCAGGCGGGGACGGCGCAGCCUUCGGCGGGCGCGGAGGGGCCGCCCCUGCCCGCUCCGCGCUCCGCUCCGCGCCCGGCGCCCGCCUCCCCACCAACUCCCGCGGGCGGCGGCGGGGGGCAGCGCCCGCCCCGUCCCGUCCCGUCCCGUCCCGCCCCGUCCAGAGCGGAGCAGAGCGGCGCGGCGGCCCCGCCGUGCCCUGGAUGCCCCAGCGGCGCCGGCGGCAGCAGCAUGGAGCGGCGGCGGGGCGUCCCCGGGGGCUGGCCCUGCCUGCUGGCCGCCCUGGGUGCCCUGCUGGCGGCGGGCCGGGCGGCCGCCCCCCGCGCCCGCUUCUCUCCCUUCUUCUUCCUCUGCACCCACCACGGCGAGCUGGAGGGCGACGGCGAGCAGGGCGAGGUGCUCAUCGCCCUCCACAUCGCGGGCAGCCCCGCCGCCUACGUGCCCGGCCAGGAGUACCACGUGACUAUUUCAACAAGUACCUUCUUUGAUGGCUUACUGGUAACUGGGCUCUACACCUCUACCAGCAUUCAGGCUUCCCAGAGCGUUGGUGGUUCCAGUGCUUUUGGAUUUGGAAUUAUGUCUGACCACCAGUUUGGGAACCAGUUUAUGUGCAGCGUGGUGGCGUCACACGUGAGCCAUCUCCCAACGACAAACCUCAGUUUUGUUUGGAUUGCUCCACCUGCGGGGACGGGCUGUGUCAACUUCAUGGCUACAGCUACUCAUAGGGGCCAAGUUAUAUUCAAGGAUGCCUUAGCACAACAGCUGUGUGAACAGGGAGCCCCAACAGAAGCUCCCCUCCAUCCUCACCUAGCUGAAAUGCACAGUGACAGCAUUAUCCUACGAGAUGACUUUGACUCUUACCAUCAGCAAGAAUUGAAUCCUACCAUGUGGUCUGAAUGCAGUAACUGCGAGGUUGGCGAGCAGUGCGGUGUGAUAAUGCACGGCAGCGCCGUCACUUUCUGCGAGCCGUAUGGUGCCAGAGAACUGACCACCACUGGCCUUAAUACAACUACUGCAUCCGUCCUUCAAUUUUCCCUUGGAUCGGGUUCAUGUCGCUUUAGUUACUCAGAUCCCAGCAUCACCGUGUCCUACAGUAAGAACAGUUCUGCAGAUUGGACUCAGCUGGAGAAAAUUAGUGCCCCUUCCAAUGUCAGCACAAUCAUCCACAUCUUGUACCUUCCCGAAGAUGCUAAAGGGGAGAACAUCCAUUUUCAGUGGAAACAGGAUUAUGUUCACGCUGGUGAUGUGUAUGAAGCCUGUUGGGCCUUGGACAACAUCCUGAUCAUAAAUGCUGCUCACAGAAAAGUCGUGUUAGAAGAUAAUCUUGAUCCGGUGGAUACUGGCAACUGGCUUUUCUUUCCUGGGGCCACAGUUAAGCAUAGCUGCCAGUCGGAUGGAAACGCCAUCUACUUCCACGGGACAGAAGGCAGCGAGUUCAAUUUCGCCACAACCCGGGACGUGGACCUUUCCACGGAGGAUGCCCAGGAGCAGUGGGCAGAAGAGUUUGAGAGCCAGCCUAAAGGGUGGGACAUCUUUGGAGCCGUCAUCGGUACUGAAUGUGGGACACUGGAAUCUGGCUCAGCUAUGGUAUUUCUCAGAGAUGGAGAAAGAAAAAUAUGCACUCCAUACAUGGACACUACAGGUUAUGGGAACUUAAGAUUUUAUUUCAGCAUGGGGGGAACUUGUGAUUCUGGAGAAUCCCAUGAAAAUGAUGUCAUACUCUAUGCCAAGAUUGAAGGCAGGAGGGAACACAUACCUCUUGAUACCCUGACCUAUGCUGCCUACAAGGUUCCAUCUUUGGUUUCUGUUGUCAUUAGUCCGGAGCUGCAGACUCCGGCAACCAAGUUUUGCCUGAAGCAAAAGAGUCACCAAGGCCACAACAGGAAUGUCUGGGCUGUGGAUUACUUCCAUGUCCUCCCAGUGCUCCCUUCCACGGUGACUCACAUGAUCCAAUUUUCCAUCAACUUGGGUUGUGGAACUUAUCAACCUGGUAACAGCGUCAGCUUGGAGUUUUCAACCAACCAUGGUCGCUCGUGGUCCCUGCUCCACACCGAGUGUUUGCCUGAGAUAUGUGCGGGGCCUCACCUCCCCCACAGCACCGUCUACGCCUCUGAAAAUUACAGCGGGUGGAACCGAAUAACUAUUCCCCUUCCCAAUGCGGCGUUAACAAGUGACACCAGGAUUCGAUGGAGACAAACAGGACCAAUCCUUGGAAAUAUGUGGGCAAUCGAUAAUAUUUAUAUUGGUCCAUCUUGCCUCAAAUUCUGCUCAGGGCGAGGACAGUGUACUAGAAAUGGCUGCAAGUGUGACCCGGGCUUCUCGGGGCCGGCGUGCGAGAUGGCAUCGCAGACCUUCCCCGUGUUCAUCUCGGAGAGCUUCGCCAGCUCCCGCCUCUCCUCCUACCACAAUUUUUACUCCAUCCGGGGGGCUGAGGUCAGCUUCGGCUGCGGGGUCCUGGCCAGCGGCAAGGCCCUGGUCUUCAACAAGGAUGGGAGGCGCCAGCUCAUCACCUCCUUCCUUGACAGCUCCCAGUCCAGGUUCCUGCAGUUCACCCUACGCCUGGGCAGCAAGUCAGUGCUGAGCACCUGCAAAGCACCCGACCAGCCCGGGGAAGGAGUGCUGCUGCACUACUCCUACGACAACGGGAUUACCUGGAAACUACUGGAACACUAUUCUUAUCUCAACUACCACGAGCCAAGAAUAAUUUCAGUGGAGCUGCCCGAAGAUGCGAGACAGAUUGGCAUUCAGUUUAGAUGGUGGCAACCAUAUCACUCUUCUCAAGGCGAAGAUGUGUGGGCGAUUGAUGAAAUCAUCAUGACCUCUGUGCUUUUCAAUAGCAUCAGUCUGGACUUCACCAACCUAGUUGAAGUCACACAGUCUCUGGGAUUCUACCUGGGAAAUGUUCAGCCCUACUGUGAUCAUGACUGGACUCUUUGUUUCACAGGAGAUUCGAAGUUAGCUUCUAGCAUGCGCUACGUGGAGACGCAGUCUAUGCAGAUCGGAGCUUCGUAUAUGAUACAGUUCAACUUAGUGAUGGGCUGCGGUCAGGCGUUUACUCCUCAUAUGGACAACCAGGUGAAGCUGGACUACUCCACCAACCAUGGCCUCACGUGGCAUCUUGUUCAGGAGGAAUGUCUUCCAAGUAUGCCGAGCUGUCAGGAGUUUACAUCAGCAAGUAUUUACCACUCCAGCGAAUUUACUCAGUGGAGGAGAAUCACUGUCCUUUUACCACAGAAGACUUGGUCCAGCGCCACACGUUUCCGCUGGAGUCAGUGCUACUACACAGCCCAAGACGAGUGGGCCUUAGACAACAUCUACAUCGGCCAGCAGUGUCCCAACAUGUGCAGCGGGCACGGCUGGUGCGACCACGGUGUUUGCAGGUGUGACUCAGGGUUUCGGGGUACUGAAUGUCAGCCUGAAAAUACCCUUCCUUCCACUGUCAUGUCUGAUUUUGAGAACCCAGACAGCCUGAAGACAGAGUGGCACGAAAUUAUCGGGGGAGAGAUAGUCAAGCCUGAAGAAGGCUGUGGAGUCAUCUCCUCUGGCUCCUCGCUCUACUUCAACAAGGCUGGAAAAAGGCAGUUGGUAAGCUGGGAUUUGGACACAACCUGGGUGGAUUUUGUCCAGUUUUACAUCCAGAUAGGAGGAGACAGUCCGUCGUGCAAUAAACCAGACAGCAGAGAAGAAGGUGUGCUGCUGCAGUACAGCAAUAAUGGCGGGAUCAACUGGCAGCUACUAGCAGAAAUGUAUUUCUCUGACUUCAGCAAACCCAGGUUUGUCUAUCUGGAGCUGCCAGCUGCAGCCAAGACGCCUUGCACCAGGUUUCGCUGGUGGCAGCCCGUGUUUUCAGGGGAAGGGUAUGAUCAGUGGGCCAUCGAUGACAUCAUCAUUUUGUCAGAGAAGCAGAAGCACAUCAUUCCCGUUGUUAAUCCCACUUUACCACAGAACUUUUACGAAAAGCCAGCGUUUGAUUACCCUAUGAACCAGCUGAGCGUAUGGUUAAUGUUGGCCAAUGAAGGGAUGACCAAAAAUGAAAGUUUCUGCUCUGCCACGCCCUCUGCCAUGCUCUUUGGUAAAUCAGAUGGAGACCGGUUUGCGGUGACUCGAGAUUUAUCCCUGAAGCCUGGAUACGUCCUGCAGUUCAAGCUGAACAUCGGUUGCACCAACCAGUACAGCAGCUCUGCUCCCGUCCUGCUCCAGUACUCGCACGACGCUGGGCUCUUCUGGUCGCUCGUGAAGGAGGGCUGCUACCCGGCAUCUCCGGGCACCAAAGGAUGCGAGGGAAGCUCCCGGGAGCUGAGCGAGCCGACCGUGUACCACACGGGAGACUUUGAGGACUGGACAAGAAUUACUAUUGUUAUCCCCAGGUCGCUUGCAGCCAGUAAGACUCGGUUCCGCUGGAUCCAGGAGAGCAGCUCCCACAAGAGUGUGCCUCCUUUCGGCUUAGACGGCGUUUACAUUUCCGAGCCUUGUCCCAACUACUGCAACGGUCACGGGGACUGUGUCUCGGGGGUCUGCUUCUGUGACCUGGGCUACACAGCAUCGCAUGGAACCUGUGUGUCUAAUGUGCCUAAUCACAGUGAGAUGUUCGACAGGUUUGAGAGGAAGCUAAGCCCUCUCUGGUACAAGAUAACGGGAGGUCAGGUUGGGACAGGCUGUGGCGUGCUCAGCGAUGGCAGAUCUCUGUACUUCAACGGACCUGGGAAAAGGGAGGCGAGGACUGUUCCCCUGGACACCACAAAUAUCAGGCUAGUUCAAUUUUAUGUACAAAUUGGAAGCAAGGCUACUGGUAACUCCUGCAACAGACCAAGAGCCAGGAAUGAAGGGCUUGUCGUUCAAUACACAAAUGAUAACGGGAUCACCUGGCAUUUGCUGCGGGAGCUGGACUUCAUGUCGUACCUGGAACCCCAGGUUGUUUCCAUAGACUUACCUCGGGAGGCCAAAACCCCGGCCACUGCUUUCCGCUGGUGGCAGCCACAACACGGGAAGCAUUCAGCUCAGUGGGCUUUGGACGAUGUCCUUAUAGGGAUGAAUGACAGCUCUCAGACUGGCUUCCAGGACAAAUUUGAUGGAACUGUGGAUUUACAAGCAAGCUGGUACAGAAUACAAGGAGGUCAAGUAGACAUCGACUGCCUGUCUAUGGAUACAGCUCUGAUGUUCAGUGAAAACAUUGGAAAACCUCGUUAUGCCGAGACCUGGGACUUCCAUGUGUCAGCCUCCACUUUCUUGCAGUUUGAGCUGAGCAUGGGUUGCAGCAAACCAUACAGCAAUUCCCAUAGCAUUCACCUGCAGUAUUCUUUAAACAACGGGAGAGACUGGCACCUGGUGACAGAGGAGUGCGUCCCCCCAACCAUCGGCUGUCAGCACUACACUGAAAGCUCCAUCUACACUUCAGAGAGAUUCCAAAACUGGAAGAGAAUUACGGUCUACCUUCCACCCGCAACCAACUCUCCCAGGACACGGUUCAGAUGGAUUCAGUACAACUAUGCUGCUGGUGUUGAUUCUUGGGCUAUUGAUAACGUGGUCCUGGCUACAGGGUGCCCCUGGAUGUGCUCAGGCCACGGCAUCUGUGAUGCAGGUCGUUGUGUGUGUGACAGAGGCUCUGGUGGUCCGUACUGUGUCCCUGUCGUUCCCCUGCAGUCUGUCCUGAAGGAUGAUUUCAAUGGUAACUUGCAUCCAGACCUUUGGCCUGAGGUCUACGGUGCUGAGAGGGGAAACCUGAAUGGUGACACCAUCAAGUCUGGAACAGCUCUCAUUUUUAAAGGGGAAGGACUGAGAAUGCUUGUUUCGAGAGAUCUAGAUUGCACUAAUACCGUGUACAUCCAGUUUUCAUUUAAAUUUCUUGCCAAAGGCACCCCCGAGAGGUCUCAUUCCAUCCUGCUGCAAUAUUCUGUCAACGGCGGCAUCACUUGGCACCUGAUCGAUGAGUUCUACUUCACGCAGACUACGGAUGUCCUCUUUAUUAACGUUCCUCUGCCCUACGCAGCCCAAAGCAACGCGACGCGGUUCAGGCUCUGGCAACCUUACAACAACGGCAAAAAAGAAGAAAUCUGGAUUAUUGAUGAUUUCAUUAUUGAUGGAAAUAACCUAAAGAAUCCCGUGAUCCUUUUGGAUACAUUUGACUUUGGUCCCAAAGAGGACAACUGGUUUUUUUAUCCUGGUGGAAACAUUGGACUUUAUUGCCCAUAUUCAUCUAAAGGAGCUCCGGAAGAAGAUUCGGCUAUGGUAUUUGUUUCAAAUGAAGUUGGAGAACACUCCAUUACAACAAGGGACCUGAGUGUAAAUGAAAACACUAUAAUCCAAUUUGAGAUCAAUAUCGGCUGCACCACUGACAGCUCCUCAGCCGAGCCGGUAAAGCUGGAGUUCUCACGAGAUCUGGGGGCGACCUGGCACCUGCUGCUCCCCUUGUGCUACAGCAGCAGCAGCCGCCUCAGCUCCCUCUGCUCCACCGAGCACCACCCAAGCAGCACUUACUACGCGGGCACCACCCAGGGCUGGAGAAGGGAGGUCAUUCACUUCGGAAAACUGCACCUCUGUGGGUUGGCAAGGUUCAGGUGGUACCAAGGGUUUUACCCUGCCGGAUCCCAGCCAGUGACUUGGGCCAUUGACAAUGUGUACAUCGGCCCGCAGUGCGAGGAGAUGUGCAACGGCCACGGCAGCUGCAUCAACGGCACGAAGUGCAUCUGCGACCCCGGGUACUCCGGGCCAACCUGCAAAAUAAGUACUAAGAACUCUGACUUCCUGAAGGAUGAUUUUGAAGGUCAGCUGGAGUCGGAUAGAUUCCUGCUUGUGAGCGGUGGAAAGCCAUCAAGGAAAUGUGGUAUCAUGUCUGGAGGAAACAACCUUUUCUUUAACGAAGAAGGCUUACGUAUGCUGAUGACUCGAGACCUAGAUUUGUCACAAGCCAGAGAAGAAAUCCUUCCAGUAAUUGCUCCCCCUGUUAGAUUUGUGCAGUUCUUCAUGAGGCUGGGGUGCGGCAAGGGGGUGCCAGACCCCAGGAGCCAGCCUGUGCUGCUGCAGUAUUCGCUCAACGGGGGCCUGACGUGGAGCCUUCUCCAGGAGUUCCUCUUCAGUAACUCCAGCAAUGUGGGACGGUACAUCGCCCUGGAAAUUCCCUUGAAGGCCCGUUCCAGCUCCACUCGGCUUCGCUGGUGGCAACCGUCCGAGAACGGGCAUUUCUACAGUCCCUGGGUAAUCGACCAGAUUCUUAUUGGAGGGAACAUCUCUGGCAAUACAGUAUUAGAAGAUGAUUUCACCACACUGGAUAGUAGAAAGUGGCUGCUCCAUCCUGGUGGAACAAAGAUGCCAGUCUGUGGCUCUACUGGGGAUGCUCUAGUGUUCAUCGAGAAAGCUAGCACCCGCUAUGUUGUCACCACUGACAUUGUUGUCAACGAAGACUCUUUCUUGCAAAUAGAUUUUGCAGCAUCCUGCUCUGUCACGGACUCCUGCUAUGCCAUUGAACUGGAAUAUUCAGUGGACCUUGGACUGACCUGGCACCCUAUUUUGAGAGACUGUCUUCCCACUAACGUGGAAUGCAACAAGUACCACCUCCAGAGGAUUCUCAUUUCGGACACUUUCAACAAGUGGACCCGAGUUACUCUGCCUCUGCCUCCCUAUACCAGGUCUCAAGCAACUCGUUUCCGCUGGCACCAGCCGGCUCCUUUCGAUAAGCAGCAAACGUGGGCAAUCGAUAACGUCUACAUCGGGGAUGGCUGCAUAGACAUGUGCAGCGGCCACGGGAAAUGCACACAAGACAACUGUGUCUGCGAUGAGCACUGGGGGGGGCUCUACUGCGACGAGCCAGAGACCCCCCUUCCGACACAACUGAAGGAUAACUUCAAUCGCUCGCCGUCGAACCAGAACUGGCUGACGGUGAACGGGGGCAAACUGAGCACCGUCUGCGGGGCGGUAGCCUCUGGGAUGGCUCUUCACUUCAGCGGGGGCUGCAGCCGCAUGUUAGUUACAGUGGACUUGAACCUCACCAGUGCAGAAUUCAUCCAGUUUUAUUUCAUGUAUGGAUGUCUGAUAACUCCUAAUAACCGCAACCAAGGAGUGCUGCUGGAGUAUUCUGUGAAUGGUGGAAUCACCUGGAGCCUCUUAAUGGAAAUUUUCUAUGACCAAUUCAGCAAGCCCGGCUUUGUGAACAUUCUUCUUCCUUACGACGCCAAAACCAUUGGGACGCGCUUCCGCUGGUGGCAGCCGAAACACGAUGGCCUGGAUCAGAACGACUGGGCUAUUGACAACGUGUUGAUCUCCGGCUCAGCUGACCAGAGGACGGUGAUGCUGGACACCUUCAGCAGCGCUCCCCUGCCGCAGCAUGAGCGCUCCCCUGCCGAUGCAGGGCCCACUGGCAGGAUCGCCUUUGACAUGUUCAUGGAAGACAAAACUACAGUAAAUGAACACUGGUUAUUCCAUGAUGAUUGCUCGAUUGAGAGGUUUUGUGAUUCUCCUGAUGGUGUCAUGAUCUGCGGGAGCCAUGAUGGCAGAGAGGUCUAUGUAGUCACCCACGACCUGACUCCUACAGAAGGCUGGAUUAUGCAGUUCAAGGUUUCUGUUGGAUGUAAAACUUCAGAAAAACUUGUACAAAAUCAGGUCCAUGUGCAGUAUUCCACUGACUUUGGCGUUAGCUGGAGUUACUUAGUACCUCAGUGUUUACCAGCUGAUCCAAAAUGUUCUGGGAGUGUUUCACAGCCAUCCGUCUUCUUUCCCACAAAAGGAUGGAAAAGAGUAACUUACUCACUGCCGGAAAACCUUGUGGGCAAUCCCGUGAGGUUUCGGUUCUACCAGAAAUACUCAGAUAUGCAGUGGGCCAUCGAUAAUUUCUAUCUGGGCCCUGGCUGUCUGGAAAACUGUAGAGGUCAUGGAGACUGCCUGAAUGAGCAAUGCAUCUGUGAUCCUGGGUAUUCGGGACCAAACUGCUAUCUCACCCAAACACUGAAGACUUUCCUGAAAGAGCGCUUUGACAAUGAAGAAAUUAAACCAGAUUUAUGGAUGUCCUUAGAAGGUGGAAAUACCUGUACCGAGUGUGGGAUUCUCGCAGAAGACACAACUCUGUACUUUGGAGGUGCAACUGUGAGGCAGGCUGUCACUCAAGAUCUGGACCUGCGGGGGGCAAAAUUUCUACAGUACUGGGGGAGAAUUGGGAGUGAAAACAACAUGACAACAUGCCACAGACCAACUUGCAGAAAGGAGGGAGUGCUGCUGGACUAUUCCAUUGAUGGAGGGAUAUCCUGGACUUUGCUUCAUGAGAUGGAUUACCAAAAAUACAUCUCAGUCAGGCACGACUACAUCCUCCUCCCCGAACACGCUCUGACCAAUACAACCCGCUUGCGCUGGUGGCAGCCUUUUACCAUCAGCAACGGGAUCGUGGUCUCAGGCCCUGACCGGGCGCAGUGGGCGCUGGAUAACAUCCUGAUCGGAGGAGCAGAGAUCAACCCCAGCCAGCUGGUAGAUACGUUUGAUGAUGAAGGCACCUCUCAUGAAGAAAACUGGAGUUUUUACCCUAAUGCAGUCAGGACUGCAGGGUUCUGUGGAAAUCCAUCAUUCCAUCUCUACUGGCCAAAUAAGAAAAAGGACAAAACACACAACAUCCUGUCCUCCAGGGAGCUCAUUAUACAGCCAGGAUACAUGAUGCAGUUUAAAAUUGUGGUUGGCUGUGAGGCAACUUCUUGUGGGGACCUCCACUCCGUGAUGCUGGAGUAUACGAAGGAUGCCAGGACUGACUCAUGGCAGCUUGUCCAGACACACUGUCUUCCUUCCUCAUCGAACAGCAUUGGCUGCUCCCCAUUUCAAUUCCACGAAGCUACCAUCUAUAACUCUGUCAACAGCUCCAUGUGGAGAAGAAUAACUAUCCAGCUGCCUGAUCAUGUCUCAUCCAGCGCAACCCAGUUCAGGUGGAUUCAGAAAGGAGAAGAACUAGAGAAGCAAAGCUGGGCAAUCGACCAUGUGUACAUCGGGGAAGCGUGCCCCAAGCUCUGCAGUGGCCACGGAUAUUGCACGACUGGAGCCAUUUGCAUUUGUGACGAAGGAUACCAAGGUGAUGACUGCUCUGUUUUUAGCCAUGACCUCCCCAGUUAUAUUAAAGAUAAUUUUGAAUCUGAAAGAGUCACUGAAAUAAACUGGGAAACCAUUCAGGGGGGUGUGAUAGGGAAUGGAUGCGGACAGCUGGCACCCUACGCCCACGGAGAUUCGCUCUAUUUUAAUGGAUGUCAAAUACGACAAGCUGUGACUAAGCCUCUGGAUCUCACCCGAGCAAGCAAAAUUAUGUUUGUUUUGCAAAUUGGAAGUAUUUCACAAACAGACAGUUGCAAUACCAACCUGAGUGAUCCUAACACUGUAGACAAGGCAGUGCUCCUCCAAUACAGUGUAAAUAAUGGAAUUACAUGGCAAGUAAUUGCACAGCAUCAGCCAAAGGACUUUAUACAAGCCCAAAGAGUGUCUUAUAAUGUUCCCCUGGAGGCACGAAUGAAAGGAGUCUUACUGCGCUGGUGGCAGCCCCGUCACAACGGAACAGGUCAUGAUCAGUGGGCUUUGGACCACGUAGAAGUCGUCCUAGACGAAAAGUCCUAUAUUGCCUCUAAACCUCAUCAGGGUUUUAUGACUAAUCACAGUGCUGCAUGCAUUGAAAGGCAUUUUCUAACUUGUGUUGUAUUUCAUUGUUUGCUGUCAUUGGUUUUACACUAGAAUAAGCACUCGCAAACAAAAUUACAUGAUGAAUUUUUCACGGCAACAUGGGCUCAGGCAUUUCUACAACAGAAGACGAAGGUCACUUAGACGAUAUCCAUGAAGAAACGAGAAAUUUAUCUUUUUUCCUCCCAACAUGUGAUGUGUUGCUUUCCAUUCUCUAAAUCUAGCACUGCGUCUGGUAUCAGGACUUUUCUGCAACUGGCUUGAUGAAUAACUGAAAGCCUUUCUCAAGACAGAGUGUACACCACUUUUUCGCACUGUGAACUAAUGAGAAGUGACUUAUUUUCUCAUAGGUAAAUGUUUUAAUGUUGAUGUGUCUGUGAAAAUUGUGAUCUGUUGUAAUAUCAGUUACAGUGGCAGUAUUGGAAGUAAGCAACUAAUUCUGUUUAACAGGAAAAAAUUUUAAGCACAAAGACUUUUCAGAUUUUAUGUUUAAAAAAUCUACAUACUAAGUACAGAAUUUAACAUUCUUUGUCACAUAGGUAUUUAAGUGCACUGUAUUUCAGCUCUGUCAUUUUAUAUGAUUAAGUUAUCAUUGUUUGUCUUCUUUGUAUUCUCUUCUACAACAUGACACAUUGGCACUGUAUUUACUUGUUUUGUUGUUGUAAUAUUUUUGCUGCUGAUUUUUGGGCUAUUUACCUUCUGACAAAAUGUAUUAAAAAAAAAAAAUCAAAGUACCUAAUCAAGAAGAUAAUUGCAAAAGUAGUUGUAAAGGCGUUGAUAUCCUUCGGUCUUAUUCUUUGAUAUGUCUGUUGGUUAGCAUUGUUUUGUGGAUAAAAAAGAAUGCUUGACAUUAAACUUUUUUCUACUAAGGAGUUGUGGAUGAAGCCCCAAACAGAAGUUCCCGAUUCCCUGUCUAAAUGUAGUCAGUUCUCUGCAACUGAUUUACUUACAGUAACUGCCAUUUGGUGUCUGUAGUAAUGAAGUGAUUUGUAAACAGUGAACGUUUCAUGGUGUUCUCUUUGGUGUUUGUUUCUAUUGCGGGUCAUGUUUGUAUCUUCUGAUAAAGUUGUAUCUACACCAGCAACGUUAAAUGCCCCUAUAGCCCUAAACUGUCUAUUAUCAUAAAUAAAAUGCUUCACUUUAUGGUGAACCAAGCUAAAGAUCCAUGCUUCAAUAAAAAUAAUGUCAACAAACA